AUUUAUCAUUGUCUCUAGAGUCGAUACGUGAAUAAAAUAACUGAAAUGAGUUUAUGAUAUCUUGAAAGAGGAGUCAAGUAUUUCUGUUGAAACAGCGGGCUGAACUAGUCACUAAGCCUCAGCCUUCAAUAAAGUGGAAGAUAAGAUAAUUUCAAGUGCUGAUAAAUGCUACAAAAUUUGAAAAUGAUAGGUGUGAAGAGUUUCAAUGUUCAAAAGUGUCUAAAGUUCAGUAGUAGUGUUGAAGUGAGUCUUUGUUUUCAACAAUAAAUCCGAGUGUUGUGGAAAAAUACUGUUUUGUGAUAGGGAAAAGUGAGUCGAAUUUGUAUUUGUGUGGAAAAAUUAGGGAUGGAUCGAGACAUGCAAGACUCUAAGGACUUUCUGGGACGUAUACAGGUGAAUAGUUCUCUCCAAGGUCAAGCAAAUGGCGUAGAAACGGCUAGAGGAGCCAGUUUGAGGCCAGGACCUGACGGUUGGAUUCGACCCCCCAAGUUACCCCCAAGACCGGAAGGGUUUGUUCCUCCAGCCCCUUAUCAACAGUUCCAUGGUCAUGUGAACAAACCGUGGGAAUUCGCACCACCUCAUGGUAACGGUCCUCAUCAUCCCCAUGGUAUGAACCAUGUUUUCGGGCCAAAUUUUGCGCACAGACCUGGAUACGAUGGUACACAUCCGCAUCUUCAUAGUCAUCAUAAUCAUGUACCGGUACAAAAUCAUCUAUAUCCUCAAGUGACUCACUAUGAGGGUCCAGGUGUUUAUGAGUCUUAUGAGUCAUCACCCUCUCCGCCUCCAAGAUACCAAUCUCUACAGAGCUCAUCUGGUUACGGUUGGCGUCCACCCGCACACUGCACAGGCACAUUCAUGUGGGUGCAGGGCAUGCAGGGGUCGGUGCCCCCCAAUGCAGUCAAGGUGGGGCAAGACAAGGACGGGGCCCCCAUCUUUGCGGGGCGCGCCUUCCACGAGGGUGACCUCAUCCCGGCCAAGAUCAACCCCACGCACAACGCUGCCUAUGUCGCCUAUGGAGGCCAGGAGGUUGCCAAGUACGAAUAUGAGAUUCUGUGCAGUGCCCACAUCGGCUGGCAGACGGCAGGAGAUGGCAAUGUGCCACCAGAGGCGAUCUGUGUCGGCCAGACUCAGUGUGGCGAGAAGCUGUACCUGGGCAGGACCAUGCAUGAUGGCACACUCACUCCUGGAAAGAUUCAACCCAGCCACAAUUGCCUGUACAUUUCCUACGGCGGAGAAGAACUUAGAUUCACCGAAUAUGAAGUGGCCGUCCUGCUCUAGACUGAAAUUAUCAUGAAAAUAUCAUUAUUAUUAUAAUCUAAAAUUUGAAUACAAAUUAUUACUCUCAUUUUGAAAUGUUUGAAAUUACAUGAAAUACGGAAAAUGCACUCUAGCUCUUGAGGCUUUUAUUAACUUAUAUAGUACAAUUAUUAGAAAUCUACGUACAAUAAUAUACGGUAUUAUUUUAUCAUAUAUAAUCAGUUUUGUACCUAUCUUGAUUAGGUAAUUUUAGAGAAAAGUGAUGCUCAAGCAUAUUAUUCUAUCAGAUUUUUUAUCGCAACAAUAUUACUUUGAUUUUAAGAAAUCGUCACAUGUAUAAAUUAUUUGAUCUGGUAAUUUUUGUCCUAUAUACAUUUAAUCUUGAAUAGAAAUUUCACUUCUCGUUCACCUGAGAUGAACUAUGAAAUAAAUCAUAUUUACUACAAAA